UAUAUGUUUACCAUUGUCCGCUCAUUCAUUAGCUCUCAAAAUCAAAACACAGUUAGUAUAGUAAUAGUAAUAGUAAUAGUAAUAGUAAUAGUAAUAGCAUCAUCAGCUCUGCUCUGCUCUGCUCUGCUCAGCUCUGUAGUGCUCAAACCAAUCCUGAGAAUUCCUUCAUUCAUUCAGUCUAUCAUCAUAAUAAUCUUAUUGUGUCUGAUUUUCUCCACCAAUAUAAUAUAAUAUAUAUAGUCGUGUCUUCAAAUGGGCGUGUCCUCCAUGAAGAGCAUUAACAGCGACAAGUCAUCAGCAACAAGCUCACAUACUCAUAAGAUGUUCCUAUUCUGCAACUACAUCCUGUUAGGUGCAGCCUCUAGCUGCAUAUUCCUCACCCUCUCCCUCCGCCUCAUCCCAUCCCUCUGCGGAUUCUUUCUAAUCCUACUCCAAAUCCUCACUAUCGCAGGUGCCAUCUCCGGCUGCACUGCUGCCUCCUCCUCCUCCUCCUCCUCCUCCUCCUCGGCCAAGUGGUACGGGGUUCACAUGGUGGCUACAGUCCUAACAGCUAUAUUCCAAGGAUCAGUCUCAGUGAUGAUAUUCACAAGAACGAGUGAUUUUCUGGGGAACUUGAAGUCGUAUGUGAGGGAAGAAGAUGGAGAGGUGAUACUGAGAAUGGUAGGUGGGUUGUGCGUGGCCAUCUUCUGCUUCGAGUGGGUGGUGCUCACACUCGCAUUCUUCUUGAAUUACAAUGCCAUUUUCUACUAUGGCGCUCAUCAUUCUUCUUCUGCCACUGCCAUCAAGACGACUGCCCAGGAGGAUGAUGACUUGAAAAAUUGGCCAUGGCCUUUUCAAGUCUAAUCAUUAAUUAUUCCAAUCUUUAUCGUUCCUCCUUAAUCCCCGCUAAUAUAUAUAUACACACACACACCUCUUGUUUGUUUGUGAAAUCAUUAUUUCUUUUGUUGGGUUUGGGUUUGGGUUUGGGUUUGGGGUUGGGGUUGGGGUUGUAGGUUGAGGUUGAGGUUGGGGUUUUUGAUUGGUGUUUUCUUGGCAGAGAUGAAUGCCCUGGUGAUAUUGUUUCAUGCGUCUUAAAUAUAUUAUUAUUAUUAUCAUUAUUAUUAUUAUAUAUAAUUGAAUUGCAUUUUAAAAGGUUGAUCAAGAA